AUGUACUUGGUUCUCCAUUUCCAUUUCGGGUUCUGCUCAAUUCCGCUCCGACGCUCAGCCUGUGCGGCUGUACGCACCGUCAAACUGACAAAAUGCAAUGUCUGCACGGGCACUCAGCAACGCGUCGAGGUAUACCAUGACCGUGUGGGCCUUAAGUGCACCCAACGACGAGUCGUCACUCCGAUCGCCUGUGCCAAGUGCCCCGAGGCAUCGGUCACGCAGAAGCGUUGUCGUGACGGCAAGAGCCAUGAUCUAGUCACUAUUCGCUUUCGACCCGACGACAAGUGCACCGUCUGCAAGAGGCAGGUGGAGACGUCAGUUCAGCCAAUUCAGUGCCAGAAGUCUGAGGAGCUGGAGGCGUGCAACAAAAAGACGUGCAAACAGCGCGUCAAGAUUGUGGAACGCAAGUUGAAAAAUUGCCUCUGCCUCGCUGUCAUCCGGUACCAGUUCAGGGAAUGUUGUAAGUUCUCUAUAUUAUGCCUACUAUGCAUAAAUGCCAACCAACGCAACAGCAGCAAUAUCUGCGGUACUUGUCAACUCUGUUUAAUAAGAUCAGUUUUUUCGAAUCCAAUUAUCUCAAAUUCAUUAUGGGAACAUAAAUGCAUUUGUUUUCCGAGCUAA